GUAAUAUCUAGUUGCGUAUGUGUUCUAGCUGACCAUUACACAUUAUUGCCAGAAUAUUUCCCAAGAAAAUAUCAGGUAUUGGCAAUUCUUUGUUUGGAUCCCAGAUCCCUUAAUACAAGCCAUGUACUCUCUGAUUUUUCUAAGUGCUCAGCAACUGGUCCAGGAUGAGGAGGCUGUGUGUACAAUCUUGGAAUCUAUGCCACGGAGCAUGUUUAAUAUUCUAUUCAAGGUGGCUUUCAGAAACAAUAAGACUCAACUGCUGUGUGAGCUGGUGAAGAUAUGGCCUUACCCGGAAUUUAAAUUACAGCUGCUUCUGCAGACAUGUCGGUGCUGUUCUUGGACUUAUAGAAAGUGUCCAGAAUGUAGAAGAAUGCUGACAUAUGAUGAAUUAUGCAGAACUAAAAUUGAUGCCAUCAUGUUGGGACUGAUGAAAUAUAUAAGAACAGUAAUCAUGGAUGGUUCACAGCAGCUUCCAGACAGGAGUUUACAACAUCUGGAUAUGACAGGAUUACUUGAUAAAAGUUUUUCUUGGAAUUUAAAACUCACAAGGUUGUGGGUCAGCUCAAUAAGGCAAGCCCGAGUCUACACCUCUGGCCCACAAAGCCAGUCAAGUCCCCAGGGAGCAGGAGCAUCCUCAGUAACGUUUCCAGCAGAAGCAAGUAUGAAUUUGCUGGUGGAUCUCAUGUUGUAUCCUCCCACUGCAGACAUGCUAAAGGAACUUCUCCAAGAAAACACCAACAGCCCUCUCCACCUGAAGUGCAGAGAUUUCUACAUUACUUUCAUGGUUUUUCAUGAUAUGUUAAAAUUCCUGCCUAUUUUGGACCCUCUGGAACUCCGCCGCAUAGACAUAAGUCAUUGCUUUAUGACCUUAGAGCUUAUCGUGUCCCUAUUGUCACAGUUCACAACCUUCCAAAACUUUCAGAGCUUUAAACUGACUUUUAAUACAAAUAAGACAAUGAACUUGGUGCCUAUGCUAAAUACCGACGCUGAGCUUCUAGCUGCAGAGCUGAGAAAAUUGAGAUGGCUCAAAGAGCUUGCUUUGCCCAGUAUGUGUCUAUUAGGCCAACUGGAGAAUCUGCUUGGAGGUCUACAGUACCCCCUGGAGAGCCUUCAACUGUCUUUCUGUUCUUUGACAAAGGAAGACCUAACUUAUCUGGCCCGGAGUCACCAUAGCACCCAUCUCAUAAAGCUGGAUCUUACAGGUAAUGCCAUAAUACAACAACUAGACAUCUUCCUGGAACUUCUAAAGUCAAUCUCAAAAUCACUGAAGUGGCUAAAUGUGACAUUGUGUGAGAUCAAGGACAGUGACUUUUAUGCAACUUUGCCUUAUCUAUAUUCCUGUACCAAGCUCUCCCAUCUUGGUCUGAGUGACAAUCCACUAUCUAGCAAGAGUAUCUUCACUUUCCUGGGGUCACCCCAUCACAAACUGUCCAACUUAAAAUCAAUGUCACUCCCAAUAUUCCUGGAUUGUUGCCAGAAUCUGCCUCAGUCUCUUCCUAGAUCACUGGAAUCUUACGUGAACCUUGAAAUGACUUUCUAUGUAAUAAAUAAAAUGAAGCAGAUGCUAGUCGGAAGAAGAAACUCUCACAUUGUGUUCACUCCAAAGUUGAUCUUUGAUGUGGGUGACUAUUUUGACCUAUGAUAAUGGAUUACCAGGAAUGGGGAGAAUCGCAUAGUUCCAUGAUAGUUCAUUUUCUCAUUUUUAAGAAAAUUUUUAAUAUAAUUAACUACAAAAGAUAAUUAAGUAUACAAAAACAAAGAAUAAAUCUCAUAAACCCAUAGCAUUUAACAAAGAACAAAAGGGAUGUACAGACAACUAAGAACCAAAUGUUUAAUUACUAUUUUUAAUAUCAAGUUGGAUACAAUGUAUAUCAUUCUCAUUAUCUAUUUUUAAGAAAACCUUUCAUAGCUUUUCAUGUUAUUUAUCAUUUUAAAUAAAUUUGUAUUUUAAAGUAUUGUUUCUUAAAGGUUAUACCAUCAUUUAUUGUCAUUAUGUGAUAUAUUUAGAAUUUGAGCCUAAUACAAAUAAAAUAGCUAUAGA